GGUCGAUUCCGGAGCCGCCCAUCCGGGUUCUUUGGAGGUUUGGUGAGCAGUCAAUGCCUGCGAGUGGGAAUCGGGGAAGAGGCUGGUUCGUGGUCCCCUUCCACAUUGCUCCUAGGUCUUAGAUUAGCUGUUUAUCCCAGGUUUUUGGCUCAUCAGGUAUUACUUUGGUCUUCUGAAUGGCACAAGGUGACGGAAUAAACUAUGUUCCAGAAUUUCACAUUCCCGAAGAAGAGAUCCCAGGAAGCAGCAGUUAUCCAGAGAAUGCUAAAGUGAAGGAGGAUAUAGUGCUUCUGCUCAAUGCAAUAACUGCAGAAAGAGCAGCCCAGACUUUACAAGAAACCCUCAAGAGUCAAGAGGAUCUGCAGGGAACGCCUUCACAAUUCAGGCGCCGUUGCAGAAGAUCAAAUGUGCCAGACUCAGAAAAACCAUUCCCCUGCUUCGAUUGCGGGAAGAGCUUCUCCCAGAGCUCUAACCUGAUAGAACACCAGAGAAUCCACACAGGGGAGCGCCCAUUCACCUGCAAUAAAUGCAAUAAAAGCUUCAGCCGCAGCAGCACUUUGCUGGAACACCAGCGCACCCACACGGGCGAGAAACCUUUCAAGUGUUUGGAAUGUGGACAGGGCUUUACACGCAACUCUACUCUUACCGAUCACCAGCGCAUCCACACUGGGGAGACACCCUUCCCAUGCCACGAGUGUGGCAAAGCCUUCAGCCGCACCUCCAAUCUUGUGAAGCACUUGCGCACCCACUCAGGCGAGAAGCCCUACACGUGCCAGCUCUGUGGGAAAUGCUUCUCCCUGAGCUCCAACCUCCUCAAGCAUGAGCGCACUCAUUCAGGAGAAAAGCCCUUCCCCUGCACCCUCUGUGAAAAGCGCUUCAAGAAGAAGACCCACCUAGUGUCCCAUCAUCGCGUGCACACUGGGGAGCGGCCCUUUCGGUGCGAGGAGUGUGGAAAGUGCUUCUCCCAGAGCUCCAUUCUGGUCGAACACCAGAGGAUCCACACUGGGGAGAAGCCCUACAUAUGUGCUGACUGUGGGAGGGGUUUCUGCGUGAGCGCCAACCUCCUCAAGCAUCAGCGAAUUCACACAGGGGAGAAACCACACCCAUACCACUGCACUGAGUGUGGGAAAAGCUUCUCACAGAGUUCAGUGCUCAUUGAACACCAGAGGAUCCACACAGGUGAGAGGCCUUUUGUGUGCAACGUAUGUGGGAAGCGCUUCUCCCAAAGUUCAACCCUGAUGGGACACCAGAGGAUCCACACAGGUGAGAAGCCCUUUGCCUGCUCAGAGUGCGGACGAGGGUUUAGCCGGAGCUCUGCGCUGACAGAACAUCAACGUACCCACACUGGGGAGACACCUUUCCCAUGCCGAGAGUGUGGGAAGGCCUUCAGCCGCACCUCCAACCUCGUGAAGCACUUGCGUACCCACUCAGGUGAGAAGCCAUAUACAUGCACCCUCUGCGGGAAGCGCUUCUCCCUGAGCUCCAAUCUCCUCAAGCACGAGCGUACCCAUUCAGGGGAGAAGCCAUUCCCUUGCCCCCUCUGUGGCAAAUGUUUCAAGAAGAAAACCCACCUGGUCUCUCACAAUCGUGUGCAUACUGGGGAGCGGCCCUAUCGGUGUGAAGAGUGCGGGAAGUGCUUCUCCCAGAGCUCAUCCCUGAUUGAGCACCAGAGAAUCCACACUGGGGAGAAGCCCUAUAAGUGUCCCCAGUGCGGUCGUGGGUUCUAUGUCAACUCCAAACUGGUCAAACAUCAGAGGAUCCACACGGGCGAGAAACCCUAUGCCUGCUCUGCCUGUGGGAAAACCUUCAGAUAUAAGCAACAGUUCCCGCGCCAUGUGGCUCACGUCCAUCCUGGGGAGGACCAGGUUUCUGUGCUUACCAUAAGCACUAGUGUUUCCUUGAGCACAACUGUUAAUAUGCUACUCUCAUAGUGCCUAGAACAGCCCCUGGUUGAGUGGCUUCAGCUCCCUUUGAGGUUGGUUCUGCUGAAAAGUAUACUUGUUGCCAAAUGUGAUAGGUCCAUAAACUUUCCAAUUAUGAUUAAAUAACUAAGCUGUUUCUCAGAGUUAGCAUUAUCACAGUAAAAACUGGAUGGCUUGGUUUCUGACGCCUUUUCAACCUCAUGUAGAGGAACUGCUUCCCAGAACUAGGAAGGUUCUUUUAUUAGUACGGUUUUUGAAAAAACAAAAAAAAAUGAUAUUGUGAGCAUUUUUUCUAUAAAAAAUAUAUAUACAGUAUCAACUAAGAAACAGAUAACUAAUCUUUCAAGGGAGUGGCUUAUCUUAAAUGCUAUGGAAUUUAUUCAGACAGUUCAUUUAUUAUACAAUCUGGAAGAGGAUUACAACAAAGCUUAGAACUCCAUCUACAAUAUGAGGUUUCGUGGAUGGUCAUCUUGUUUGAGAACAAAGGCAGUUUGACUGAAACUUUUCCAAUAAUCUUGUGAAUUUGUGAAUGCUACCUGGUUAUCACUAUGGAACUCAUGUAGAACCUUUCUUCUAGAGAGGCAUAUAAUAUCUUCCUCAUUGUCCAGAACUCAGUAGUAUUGAUUCACUAGUGUCUUGACAACUUGCGCAAGAUACAUUCCAGACCUCAUGUUCUGUUUGGUGCAAACAGAACAGUGGUGUACAAUGGGAACAUCCCUUAGACUGGUUUACUCUCUGGUUUUGUCUUCUAUUGUUGUUUUUAAAGACAUUUCAUCAAUUCAAAACAUGAACAACUUCCAAACAGGCACUAAAUAGGUGGUUCUCAACCGUCCCAAUGCCGUGACCCCUGAUACAAUUCCUCAUGUUGCGGUGACCCCAACCAUAACAUUAUUUUUGUUGCUACUUCAUAACUGUAAUUUUGCUACUGUUAUGAAAUGUAAUAUAAAUAUCUGAUAUGCAGGAUGUAUUUUCAUUCACUGGACCAAAUUUGGCACACAUACCCAAUAGGCCCACAUUUCAAUACUGGUGGGGUUGGGGGGGGGAUUGAUUUUGUCAUUUGGGAGUUGUAGUUGCUGGGAUUUAUAGUUAACCUACAAUUAAAGAGCAUUCUGAACCAAACUUGGCACACACAACUCCCCUGAUCAACAGAAAAUACUGGAAGGGUUUGGUGGGCAUUGACCUUGAGUUUUGGAGUUGUAGUUCACAUUCAGUACAUUCAGAGAGCACUGUGGACUCAAACAAUGAUGAAUCUCGGCCAAACUUGGAACGAAUACUCAAUAUGCCCAAAACACUGGUGGAGUUUGGGGAAAAUAGACUUGACAUUUGGGAAUUGUAGUUACUGGGAUUUAUAGUUCACCUACAGUCAAAGAGCAUUCUGUGCCCCACCAAUGAAUGAAUUGGGCCAAACUUCCCACAAACCCCCAUGACCAACAGACAAUAUUGUAUUUUCUGAUGGGCCUUGGCAACCCUUCUGACACCUUCUCAUUACCCCCCAAGGGGUCCCGACCCCCAGGUUGAGAAACACUGCACUAAAUUAUAGAUCAGCUUUCCCUAACCUUCAGAUGCUUUGCACUUCCGCCUCUGUGAAUUAUCACAGUUGGUCAUGGGAGCUGUGGUUGAUGGGAGCUUCAGUCCAAAAAUCUAAAAAUCACAAAUGGUUGGGGAAACUCUGUGGAACUGUCAAAACUGCUUUUGAGUUAUGCAUUAGAAUAAUUUGGUGCAAUCCUGUCAAAACACACUUAAGUCCCACUGAUUUCAACACGAAAGGUUACAUAAUGACCCCAGUGAUUGGUUAUAGUAGUGAACAACCUGUAGUUCUAUCAUCUCAUAAUGCUGGCUAUGACCAAUGGGAACCGAAUUUCAGCAAUGUCUUUAGAAUGCCACACAGUCCCCUGUUGACUCUGGUUGGAUUAUGCCUUUGCCUAGGUUAAAAAAAACUCCGUUAUUUCCUCAUGCCUCUUUUUAAAAAUUACUUGAAAAAGGAGUCACCUCUACAUCCUUUUGUAGUAUUCAAAGUUUUGAAGGGUUUUGUCUUUUGAUUUUCCUUGCAUCAGAUUCACUACAGUCAGAGCACAAUCACGAAGAUUUGGGUGGAACAGAAAAGUUGCAUGAACAAGAGAUAUGCCUUGGAAGUUGUUUCAUUUUGUGGAAGACAAGAGCAGUCAAAAUACACCUGUGGUAAAGUAAUCAGAUGAUCAUAGCACCUCAGACAUGUCUCAGACAAAAUUGCUGAAACUGAAUGGCACCGCCCAAAGCGAUGCUUUUGAGACAAAAAGUGAGCUUAAAAUGUUAUACAUGUAAGUAAAACAUACAUUAGACUACCGUACAUAUAUUCCUGUCAUAUAGGUGGCCUUGGUGGCGCAGCAGGUUAAAUUGCUAAGCUGCAGAAUUUGCUGACCAGAAGGUCAGCGGUUCAAAUCCAUGGGAUGAGGUGAGCUCCUGUUGUUAGCCCCAGCUUCUGCCAAACUAGCAGUUUGAAAACAUGCAAAUGUGAGUAGAUUAAUAGGUACUACUUCGGGUGGGAAAGUAAUGGCACUCUAUGCAGUCAUGGCCACAUGAUCUAGGAGGGGUCUACGGACAGUGCUGGCUCUUUGACUUAGGGCACCAUCCCCCAGAGUUGGACUCGAUCAGACUUAAUGUCGAGGGGAAAAUUUACCUUUACCUAUUCCUGUCAUGGCUCCUGGUACAUUUGAACAAUUGAUGAAAUCAUUUUCACUGACAUAUGACUCAUUCACAUGAGAGCAUUGCAGGAUUAUCACAAUCCUAUUUUGGUUAAAGUAGUAAUAGUAGGUCAAAAUUACUGUGUGUGUUGUUUUUCGUGUCAGGAGCGACUUGAGAAACUGUAAGCCGCGUUUGGUGUGAGAGAACUGGCUGUCUGCAAGGACAUUGCCCAGGGGACACCCGGGUGUUUUGAUGUUUUUACCAUCCUUGUUGGGAGACUUCUGUCAUGUUCUCACAUGAGGAGCUGGAGCUGACAGAGGGAGCUCACCCACGCUCUCCUCAGAUUUGAACCUGCAACCUGUCAAGUCUUCAGUCCUGCCGGCACAAGGGUUUAAUCCACUACGCCACUGCAGAAAGCUGAGGUUUUCAAAAAAUCAGCCAUGGGGCUAUGCCAUUGCCUAUAGUGCAAAUUGUUAUGUUCUCUAUAUUGUUCAACACACAAAUGGCCCUGAAAUAUUAUGAUGCCAAGUAGUUCUGCCACAUUACCUGGAAGGUAUUUUCUAGAUCAUGUGCUGUGCUUCAUCUCACUGGUGUGCUUCCACUGUGACACUACAAAGAGCUAUUUGCUCUUUGUGACUACUCUAUGAAUACUACUAUUGUAACCAAAUGCCAAGAUGCAAAGGCAUAUUGACAUCUUCAAAUGUCAGGAGGUACACACAAUUGAUCUUGUAUAACAUAACAUACGGAUUCUAUUUCUGUGGGGAAAAAAUAACAUUAAAAAUGUACUGUACUCUCAUCCCACUAAACUUACAAUGACAAAAAGAGGGAUCCUUAACGGAUUCCUACAUUCAGCCUUCCUCAUUUGUGGGUUUGACUUUUGUGGAUGUGAUUUUUCAUUGAUUUGAUUGAAACAUUUCUAGGAAUCUUUAGGGCUCUAUGGUGAAAGCUGACCAGGGAGUUGUGCUGGAGCCUUAAGAGAUUCCUAGAGAGAACUCUUCUGUAUGCAUUUCUGUCUCCUUCAGUGUUAUUCUAUGGUCAAUGAAGUUGGAGGAUUAGAGAACAACUCCUAGAGUCUUAGAAAUAGACUAUUUCUUUCAGGUUAAAAAUUUGAUUUUUAAAAAAUGGAUUUUUCACAUUUAUGUGGGCCUUGCCCCCUGAAUCCAGAGAAAGUGGAGGGCCCAUUGCUCCAUGAAUAUGUGCAGGCAUCUUUGAGGAUAUGGGUCUAAUUCAUCUAAUUUUUCAAUGCAGAUUACAAAAUCUAGCAGAUUUAUAAUAAACAUUAGAAUAAAUAAGUCAGCAAUUAGAAGAAGCACAAUAAAUAUAAUGUCAUUUGUCCCAAAAGAUUACAGAUCAAAUUAACACAUUUGAAUAUAAAAUAAGAUUCCAAACAUUUUGCCUCCAAGAGAAUAAAGGUUUAUGCUCAACCAGAUGUAUCGAAUCAAAAUUUGUACCUUAACAAAAAUAACAGCCUUAUUUUCAUUUCAUUUGGUUCUGUUAACAGGAACCAAUAUAGUAAUUUACUUUCGUAUCUUAGUGUGCUAAGUGAGUUAGUGUUAUUCUUAGAAGAAGAGUGAGUGAAAAGGCGGUGUAGAAUAUCUGAUCCUGUCCAUUUUAUUCGUUUUGUACCAAGUGUGCUUCAAAUAAACUGUGACUGUUGUUUUCA